AAGCAAGACUGAGGGCCUUAUGUGAUCUCCCAAAAACUUCUGGGAUGGGUUGGAACGAAGUAGAAUCGAGAUUCGAUGCGCCCCAACAUUUUUGGAAUGAAUUGAAGAGAAAGGAACAAAGGUACUGGAAAGAGCACAGAGUCCUUUCGGCUCAUUUGGCAACAGCUGCAUGGUUAGGAAACGAAGUCGCUAAUGGGAAUGAUUCAAGUCACCCAUCUGAUGCUAUCCAUGAUGAUGCCUUUGCCAAUCCAAUCCUUCUUGAGGAGUUACAUGACUUGGAGGUUGAGCAGGAAGAAACAGUUUCUUAUGAUCAGACAAGUGUCCCUUCAACUCCAGUUGAGAGUAUGUCCCGAACUCGUGGUAGGCCUCGUUCCAAUGCCUCAACUUCUAGGGAGAAGAAAAAGAAGACCGGAGCUGAAAAAAUAGGGAGUCCUCUCAAGUUGAUUGCAUCUAUUAUAAGUGGAUUGAUCCAGUCUGACCCACUUACUGAUCUAGGUAAAAAAUUGAAUUCUGCAAUAGAUGCAAUUCCUGGAUUGGAUUUCCAAAAGUGCUUUAGGGCAAAACAAUUCCUCUUACGAAAUAGGGAUUCAGCAAUCCUUUUCCUAGAAGCAAAAGAGGAAGACAAGAUGAAAGUCUUGGAGAUGGUGUUGCCAGAUGGCGUUGCAAACCAAUGA